AUGCUAUCUAUUCUGAGAAAUUCAGUGAGACUAAACCCAAGGGCCCUUGGAAUUGUUCCAGCUGCUGCUAGGACAUUGGCAUCGGUACAGGUGUCCAAGAGACUCUUAACCAAUUCGUCGACGCUGUUACAGAAGGAAAUAAAGGACGACAAGCCCAAAUCCAUUCUUACGAAUGACAUGUUGUUCAAAGCCGGUGUUGAUGUUGAUGAGAAUGGUCAAGCCAAAAACGAAGGGAAAAGAGAAGCAGAGGAAGUGGAAGGGGAAGGCCAAGGCCAGAAUGAACCUUCUUCCAAGGGUGAAAAAUCCAAGAGGAGAAGACAAACUUCUACGGACAUAAAGAGAGAAAAGUAUGCUAACUGGUUUUAUAUUUUCUCACUGUCUGCAUUAGCAGGUGGUACUAUCUAUAUGGCAAGAAAUUGGGAGCCUCAAGAAGAGGAAGAACUGAAGAAAGACAUCGGUAAUGGUUACACGAUGUCACUAAUGUACAAAAGAUUCAAAGCUCGUUUCAAUUCCAUGUUCACUUACUUCCAAGAACCACCUUUCCCUGAUCUACUACCUCCACCACCACCACCACCAUACCAAAGGCCACUAACCUUGGUCAUUACAUUAGAAGACUUUCUGGUCCACUCUGAGUGGUCACAAAAGUAUGGUUGGAGAACUGCGAAGAGACCCGGCGCCGACUAUUUCUUGGGUUACUUGUCGCAGUAUUUCGAAAUUGUUUUGUUCUCGUCCAAUUAUAUGAUGUACUCUGAAAAAAUUGCUGAAAAAUUGGACCCUAUUCACGCAUUUGUUUCCUAUAACUUAUUCAAAGAGCACUGUGUUUAUAAAGAUGGUGUGCACAUCAAGGAUCUUUCGAAAUUGAACAGAGACUUGAGCAAAGUCAUCAUCAUCGACACCGACCCAAACAGUUACAAACUGCAACCUGAAAAUGCCAUCCCAAUGGAACCAUGGAACGGUGAGGCAGACGACAAACUGGUCAGAUUGAUUCCAUUUUUGGAGUAUCUGGCCACGCAGCAAACCAAGGAUGUUAGACCGAUCUUGGACAGUUUCCAAGACAAGAAGAACCUUGCUACCGAAUUCGACCAACGUGUAAAAAAAUUGAAGGCUAAAUUUCACGGAGACGGCUCUAAUGGCAAUUGGGCCUUAAAAGCGCUUGGUGUCACCAACGACAUGGGCGGCAGCCAAAAGUUCCCGCUCGACCUAAUCCACGAAGAGGGUCAAAAAAACUAUUUAAUGUUUAUGAAGAUGAUUGAAGAGGAAAAGGAAAAGAUCAGAAUACAACAGGAACAGAUGAGCGGCCAGACGUUCACCUUAAAGGACUACGUGGAAGGUAACCUGCCCUCACCCGAAGAGCAAAUGAAGAUGCAAAUGGAAAAGCAAAAGGAGGUAGACGCGCUGUUCGAAGAGGAAAAAAAGAAGAAGAAGAGUGCCGAAUCCAAAUGA